AUGAUCUUCCUGGCCGUCAAUACACCCACCAAGACCUUCGGUCUCGGUGCUGGUAGAGCCACCGACAUGACAGCCGUCGACGGCGCCGUGCAGGAGAUAGCACGCUACGCAAAGCCAGGAGCCAUCAUCGUCGAGAAGAGCACCGUGCCAUGUGGAACAGCUGAACGGGUGCGACAAACACUCACCACCCUCCGCCCCAACACCCCCUUCGAAGUCCUCUCCAACCCCGAAUUCCUCUCCGAAGGCUCCGCCAUCGACAACCUCGUCCACCCGGACCGCGUCCUGAUCGGCUCUUCAGGAACAGCCCCAGGCCGGCGCGCCGCCCGCAUGCUCGCCCACCUCUACUCCUGGGUCCCUCCGACGCGCAUCCUCCAAGUAAACGCCUGGUCAUCGGAACUCGCCAAACUCGUCGCCAACGCCAUGCUGGCCCAGCGCAUCAGCAGCAUCAAUUCCGUUAGCGCGAUCUGCGAAAAGACCGGCGCAGACGUCGAUCAAGUGGCGCGUGCCAUUGGCAUGGACGCGCGCAUCGGACCACAGUUCCUCAAAGCCGGAGUCGGAUUCGGCGGGUCCUGUUUCCGCAAAGACAUCGCCAGUCUGACAUAUCUCGCUGGAUCACUAGGAUUAGACGAAGUCGCGCACUACUGGCGCCAGGUCAAUGCUAUGAACGAGUACCAGCGUGUGCGGUUCGCACGGAGAGUCAUCGACCGCUUCGACGGGAAUCUCUCCGGUAGGAAGAUCGCCGUGCUGGGGUUCGCGUUCAAGAAAGACACCGGGGAUACGCGCGAAUCGCCGGUUGUGGAUGUUAUCAGACUGUUGCUUGAGGAGAGGCCGGCGGAGAUUGAUAUCUUUGAUUUGUUCUGUCAUGAGGAGGAUGUAUUGUGUGAGUUGGAAGCGGCCUGUGGGAAGGAGGCUGUGGCUGCUAGGGUUAAGGUCCUGUCGGAUCCGUACUUGGCCUGUUCGCAGGCUAACGCGGUUUUGGUCAUGACGGACUGCGAGCAGUUCAAGAAUGGGCGGAAGCGCAGUGCUGCUCGCUCGGACUCGGAGGUGUUUGAGAGUCUGGAUGAGAUGCUGUCGCCGGUGCGCAAGGAUGAGGAGUGGACGUACAAUGGGGCUACUUAUCGAUUGACGCCGGAGGAAGGGUGUGGGAGUGACUGUGCGGCCUGUCGGAGCUGGGCGCCACCGCGGUCUGUGGCUGUGGUGAAUGAGCCGUUGGAGUGGGCGCGCAUUGCGUACAACUUGAGAGAUCCGAAGUGGGUGUAUGAUGGACGGGGAUGUUUAGAUGGGGCGGAGCUGCAGAAGUUGGGGGUGGAGAGUGAAGCUAUUGGGCGGAUGUAA